AUGGAGAGUAUUAGGUACAAAUUACUGUUGAACUAUCGCAUCAAUUGUUCGUACGAACUUAUGAAACGAAUCUUGUUGUCAAAAGUGAGUUUUUCCACGUGAAAUUUCCUUCUUUACCCAAGAAAGGCAUGGGUAAUAUAAAAAUUGGUCGGAUUUCUGAACUUUUAGCUUGGAAUCUUGUUCAUUGUUACGUCAUCCCUUUGUGUGUUGGCUUAUGUUGUGGUUGGCAUGUUUUUCCCUGAUCCUAGACAUCGAUUUCCGUUGGCAUCAGUAGCAGAAGUUCGAAAAUACCUUGAUGUCCCACCUAAAUUCAAAAGUUUUGUUAGGAAGAGGUCAAGAUACGAUAUGACGGCUGUUGAAUACAAAUUCUCACAUCCUCAAGAGUUCAGAUGCAAGAUUAUACCAGCUCAGCGAACGGGUAAACUUGUUUUAUUUUCAAAAAAUUAAUGUUCAUCUUGGAUAACAUAAUACAGUGGGGGACCUGAUCCAGUGGCAAAAAGCGUACCAUUUUGCAUCCGGGAAGUAUCAAAAAUGUGGCAAAAUGCUUCCCUCUCCAAGUGAAAGAACUCAGAAUCGCGCCCACUCUUUGUGAGGAAAAAGAGCGCGCCCUUCAAAAUGAAGUUUUUUCAGUUGGAGAGGGAAGCAUUUUGCCACAUUUUUGAUACUUCCCAGAUGCAUAAUGGUACGUUUUUUGCCACUGGAUCUGGUCCCACUGUAACGUAAUAGGUAUAUGAAAUCUUGCAAGAAGUGUUCAAAUAUUACCUCGAAUCGUUUUCCAGAUGACUCAACAAUCUCUACCACAGUGAAUGCCGACAUAAAAUGCCUAGAAAAGGAGGAACAACUUGUUAGACAGACAACUUUUGGUGAUUUUUAUGUGAAAAUCGCCGAAAUCAAGAAUGGACGGCCAGAAUUUCGAUGUUUUUACAGCGAUCUUGCUUCUUCGGAUAGUAGCGACAAGGUAGAAAUAAAUUCUGUCAAAAAUUUAUGUUCGUUUAGUAUCAAUUACGAGAAGGGAAGCAAAGAUUGGACGUGGAGCAAGUGAAAAUCGAGUGUUUUAAUCAGCAAAAUGAGAGCUGUAAGUGGUGUUUUAGACUGAAAAUCGUAUACCGGUAUAAAUACGGGUACUUUUGACCUCUUUUCCACCCUAAAAAUUACCGUAUUUUUAGUCAUCGUCGUCUAAAUUUUUGCCAUUUUUAGUAUUUUCCGACGUUUUUUUCUCUCUUCAACCGAAAAAUCAUGUCGCUAACAACUCAGAGAUUUCUGACAAUCGUCAUCGAAAUUAUUCGUUUGCCUUCUUGAACUUGAAUGGAAUCUCCAAAUCCGACUUGAUCUCCAAAAUGCCAUUGACUGUCGAUGCUCUGGAAACAAUCAAUACCCAACUGCUCAAUGGAUUCCAUUCGGUACCUAAUGGAGAUUUGGGCGUUUUUCAUACAUACUUUAUAGUCAGAUUUUUCUGAUUUUUUAUUCGUUUUUACGCUAAAAAUCAUCAUUUUUAGGCUGAAAAUAUUGUCAAACUGAAUGAUGACUUGAUGAAAAAGCUGAUGAAGUCAGCACAAGGUAAGAUUUACAUCCAUAAAAUUUUUCUUUUCAUUCAGAUGACGGAUAUAUUACUAUGUUGAACACAAUGUCAUCAUCAACAACAUUCGAUAUUACACCGACUUUUGACCUGUCGUAAGGGCCAAUUUGUUUUCUAAAAGAUGCUACAUGUAUUAUACGACUAUUUAUGAACCAUUAGAGGUUUAAUUUUAAAUCUUUCAGCUCAUUCAAUAAGUAUUUACUUGAAAAUUCAUCUCAAAGUCAUGUACAAUGUUCGGAACAUCCGUAUGAGAGAGUCCUUAAUGUUUUGAAGAGGUAAGCAAAUAGGAAGAUUAUUUUGUGCAUCUUCAGUAAUCUACAGCAAUUUUUUGAUGGAAUACGGUCAUUUUGCCCCAUUUGAACGCUUGCAACAGAAUGCCAAAAAUGGCGGGAAUUUGAAUUUUUGAAUCUAAAGUGAUUCCGAUCUAAGUGCCAUGAAGUUUUUACUAAAAAUCCUUCCUGACAGAGCAAAUAUUUCAGGUUUUUAUCGAAAUACCCAUCAGUUCCGACCUUCUCCAUCACUGAUCUGGACGUCUCCGAUCUCCCAGAUCUUGGUGCUCUGGAUUCUCAUCUCUCUCACAUACUGGACCGCUCUUAUCUCAAUGGAGGAUUUGAGAGGACCGUAUUCGUAAUCACUGGCCAAAAAGCGAAUUCUCAUCCAUUUUUGGGCCUAACAAUUCCGAGGAGCUUUUUUGGGAUAAAUCCCGAAAAAUACUCGAUUUUACUCAAAAAUAAGAACUCGUUUGUAUUGCUGGAUGACGUCUAUGCAACUGUCAACGAGAUCAUGGGGAAGAAAGUUGAUAAUGGAGUGUCUUUUCUGCAGGAAAUCUCAGUUGAUCGGGAUUGUGAGGGAAUGAAGGUGGGAAAAGAGCAAUGCCAAUGCAUAAAAGAGGCUCCUGGAAGAAUUGAUGAUGUCAACUUUGUGGUACGUGGUCUUUUAUUGGAUUUUUGGGGCUGUUUUUUUAUUAUAGGAGAUCUUUCAAAAAAAUUUUUUUUAUAGUCAUCAAAACGCCAUGGAUAAUACAAUCAACCCCUAAAAUCUCCUCCUUUGUCCCCUAGAAUCCUAUCAAUUAUACUUUUUUUAUUACUUAUUACAGUCAAACCUCUCAUCAGAAGCCAAAGUCAACGUUGAAAACGCAUUGAACAAAUUAGAAUGUCCCAAAACGUUCUCCAUCUCCAAUAUCACUGAUCUAAAGCGCUUUGAAUCGAUCCAAGGAAACAUCUAUCAAGCAACGGUUCCUCUUGAUAUCUCAUGGGAAUUGGGUAGCCUGGGAUUGCAAGUGGAAAUUCUAUUUGACAAUAAUGGAAAAGUGCUUCUGAAGCCUUAUAUUAAACAUGCCGAUUCGAAGUGCACCGUGAAAAUUCUGGAUCACCUUUGUCAUUGUCGACCUGGACAUGGAGCCCAUUAG